CUGCGCUGGCAUUCCGGCCGCGUUUUCUGUGCCGGGCGUCCGCCAUGUUUGUUUACAUCGCGAAAUCCCCCAAAUCGCCCAGGGUUCGCAGCCGAGCGUGUGCCCCUCCGUCGCCGCGGCUCUGAAGGCGCCUUCCCGCAGCGCCCCGACUCGCGGACCCACCGAGGCCGAAGCCGCGGACGCCUGACGCCACGAGUUGAUGGGCAAGGUCCUUCUUCAUCACCGCCGACUUCUACCCCUUUUCUCAGAGUUAUUUCCCCGUAUGAUGUCCAGAUUCGUCCCAAAGAGCCAGCCUAUGAACAAUCGACCACGUUACAGAUCAAUGGAGCUCACUUUACCCCCCCGGGAACGUACCACCAGUACUGACAGCUUGAUAGAAGAUGGCACUAAACGCAGGUCUUCCUCUCGUGCCAUUAAGAGGCCAAAGUUUGAUGAUGAACUUGUGGAGUCCAGUCUUGGGGGUCAGAGCUCUACUCCAAUAAGCAAGAUACGCACUCGCAACCCUUCCCUUUCCACUGCAUCAGACUGCUCUGUGUCAUUGCCACCAACUCCAUCUGUAACCUCAGAUGUCCGUAAACGCUUAUCGUCAAAGUCUUCCAGCAAACGUGCAAGAAAGGGACGAGGGUCCCAGUCCAUAGUAACAAAAGAUCUUGGACGCUGGAAACCAACCGAUGACUUGAGUCUUAUUAUUGGGGUUCAGCAAACUUGUGACUUGGUCACUGUACACAGGGGUGUCAAGUUUUCAUGCAAGUUCACCCUUGCUGAAGUUCAGGAACGCUGGUAUGCUUUGCUGUAUGAUCCAACUGUGUCCAGAAUUGCUCAACAAGCCAUGAAGAAUCUACAUCCUGAUCAGAUACAAGCUGUACAAUCUCGUGCAUUGUACAGUAAGGCAGAAGAGGAACUUCUAGGGGUUAUAAAAUCAAACUCAAACCCAGGACUCCAGACAUUUGAAACACUCCUACAAGAAAAUCCCAAUGUUUUCUACCCUGCUCGUACAGCCAAGGCCCUGAUGGCCCACUGGCACCUCCUGAAGCAGUACCACCUCUUGCCUGAUCAAACAGUUCCUCCUCUCAAUAAAAAUGGUCCUGUGAAGGACUUCUCAGAGGCAGAGCAGCAAAUCCAUGACUCCGAGUUGUAUGAAAGUAGCGAUGAUCUCUUAGAACAUGAGCUUGGAGUGGCCAGCAGAGGGAGCAAAAGAGAAAUACGGUUACUGGAGGACCAGGUUUCUAAGUGGCAAGUUCUUGUAGACACUGUGACGGGCAUCUCUCCGCCUGAAUUUGAUAAUCAGACGCUUGCUGUUCUGCGAGGCAGAUUAGUCAGGUAUUUAAUGAGGUCACGUGAGAUCACCCUUGGUCGCAAGGCUGCCGGAGUGAAUGUAGAUGUUGACCUUUCUCUUGAAGGUCCAGCAUGGAAAAUAUCUCGCAGACAGGGCAUAAUCAAGUUGAGGAACACCGGUGACUUCUUAAUAGCCAACGAAGGGAAGAGGCCCAUAUACGUAGAUGGCAAACCAGUAUUGGCUGGGAACAAGACGAAACUGAAUAACAAUUCUGUGGUAGAAAUAGCGUCUCUUAGAUUUAUCUUCCUAAUCAACCUUGAUCUCAUUAAUGUGAUACGUCAGGAAACUGCCAAACUCAGUGGACACUAAUGACACUCCAUCAUAGCUUGCUUCAGUGAUAUUUCAAAUAGUAAGAAAUAAAACCCCAUCAUCAAAAAUCCAUGACCGACCCCU